AUUGCAAAAUGGUGAUGAAGACAUUUCUUGUGUUAGACGUGUAGUGCAGUGUGGUUGUGAUGGUCAAAGCACUGUGACGCUGUGUAAUUUUAUAGUUUGUAUUGCAGUGAUUGAUGAUGCUUGCGGUAUAGUGAACUUGCAUUUCAUGGUGCAGUGAAGGUCAGUUACAUUUUAUUCAAAUUUUAACAGGUUGGUUGUAAAAGGUCAAUGCUGUAAGGAAACAAUUUUUUUUCCUGCCAAGCACAAGACAUGUGCCUGAUUAUGUUGCCACAUAAAUCCGUCUUAGAUCCUGGCGGCCUCAAACGGCAAAUUUGGAUUUACAAUUAAUAUUACCUGGAUUCGAGGUACAACUCCCCUCUUUUAAACAGAUGUGACGCAGUAAAGGAUACGCCUUACCAGCCUCCAGUUGUAUUAUUAUUUUUUUUUUUAAUGAGUAUACAGUUUUACUAACCUUAUAUUUGUCGAAAUUGUGCGGUGGAUCCUCAAACCUUCGUCAUAGUAAGAGCGCAUUAAAAUCUGAGGCUGUGGUGCAGCGUGGGAGGCAAGAAUCAGUUGAUGUUUUCACAUGGAGAGGCGUUUUUAAAGUUGAAUUUCAAUAGAGAGACAUUUUUGAAUAAAUUAUGCAGAAACAAAAAUAGCCUAAACUCGUAUGUUCAGAAUUACUGUGGCUUCUGCAGAACAGCAGGUAACAAAAACCUUUCUAAUAAUAAUAAUUAUUAUUGUUAUUAUUAUUAUUAUUCGGUUAGUAGUAGUCCUAUUCGAUUAGGCUGUAUUUUCCUCAUGUCAUGGCAGGAUGCCACAGUUGGUAGCGUUACGAAAGUCCUGGCUAUCGGCUCAGUCCUGGAGGCAGCAGGGCCUGCCCGCUUUACUUUUAUCGGUCCGGGCUGCAUAUCUUCACCAACACUGUGUCCGGAUGCCGCGGCCGCGGUGCGUGUAAUCGAGCCGGGGCAUGUGGCGCUUUGAUUUCCUGUCCUUCGUGUAGGCUACUGAUAGGCGGGUUUGUCUGUCUGUAGCCGACAAGUGCUAAAAAGCAUACAUUGCGAUCAGCAGCUAAUCUAUUGGUGACCCCGCCAGAGUGUGUGCUCGUGCAAAAUUUGAUGAGUCCAGGUUAAAACAGCCCCCGAGCCAAGGUUUGUCUUGGACAUCGUUUUUCUGUGUGUGUGUGUGUGUGUGUGUGUGUGUGUGUUAUGGAAGAUUUCGUUUGAGCUGAUUGAUCAGUAAAUGUGGGUGUGUUAAAUUGAGUGCAACUGUGAUCUAAAUUUGAACACCUGUUGGCAAAGUUUUAAAGGAAAAUGAUAUCAAGCACAAACAUCGAAUUAUUCUCAAAGGCAAUGUAGCUGAGUAACAUGCAUGCACCUGCAAUGGAUGAAGCGCACCGGUCCGCGCGACUCUGUCCUUUAGUUCGGUGCGUAAUGACGCUUAACAAGCGCUACAAUCUGCGUUCUGGGCGAACAGAAAACAAGUCGUCUCUGUUAGGGGCUUCUUUCUUUUGAGCAUAAUGCUCAUGGUAACGUGAAACUGUCACCGCAGGCAUGAGGACGGUGAGUGUCUGUCACAUAAUAACAGUCUACGGCCCGAAUGACCACCAGACCGGGACAAAGCUCCACCAAACUUUGUCAGGAGUUUAAUCCAAAUGAAGGUGUAUUUAGUGUGAGGAUUUGUUCUGAAUUUCGCCAGUUCUUGCAGCUAAUUGGCUGUUAUUUUAUUCCGCGGUGUUUUAGGAAAGAUCAAACACACCAAACACACUCUUGCAAACCUGCAAGGACGUGCGUGCCAUAAUGUUAAAGUGUGGGCCCUAUGUGUGUCAAUAUGAUCUAUAGAUAGGCUAUAGGUUCAGAGUUUCCCCCUGCCCUUUUAGUCAACCACAAGGUUACAUGCAGUCUCUCAGCAAGUGACACCCUGGGGUGCGCCUCCGCUUAUCCUCUCCCCCUGUCAGAUUGAGUAAGGCGCUGAUAAGGCCUGUAUCGCUUCUCCUGAUUGCCACGCGCUCCUCUGGAGACACGAGCCGCAGUCUGAUCCGAGAGGGACCGGUAGCUCCCGACGGUGGGCUCUACACUGGAAAAAAAAAAAGUCCGGAUUCAAGAGUCAUUCAGAGUCUGACGUGGUGUCUGGUUUUUAUUUUUAAAUACAGGCUAAGGCAUGAGCAGCAACUGCUGAUAAUUCCACGGGUGUUUCUUGAAACAAAUGUCGGGCAAAGGCAAAACACGUCAUAUGUUAUCAAGUCCUGAAAUUAGUGAAUUUGCAUGAAGAGAGGUGACAAGAAGUCGCCCCCGCGGCAGACUAUUUUCCUAUCACCUGUAACCACGCUGCAUGCUGACUAAAACACUGCAUGCGUGCAUUAUUUGAGGCGCUGUGAGCAGAGGAGCCUCUGCAGGGGCACCUGUCCGUGCAACACCUGGCAGACGGGACGGGCGGUGUGCGCAUGCUCCCUACUCAGGUCGAAAUCUCUUAAAGCACUUGGAGCCGCAUCUCCCCACCAUCAAAUCUUUGCAGGGUUCAGAGCGAGUAGCAGCGUCCACCCGAGGAGUCCUCUGGAUUAUUACCACUGAUUUGCCUGCUCCCAGGUCAGAGAUGCCUCGCUCCUUCAUGGUGAAGAGUAAAAAGGCGCACAGUUACCACCAGCCCCGGAGUUUAGAGGAUGACUACAGCAGGCUGGACACUAUACUGGCGCACAUAUGCUCAGAUGCAGACUGUCCUCCGUGUGUCCUGUCAGAGGCAGAUAAGCUCCCGGAUGACACUGACAUGUCGGUGGACAGGUAUGGCCUGUCUCCUGACUCCAACCUUGCUGACGCUGCUGAGUUUUCCCCGAAGUCCCCGCUGAGCUGCGCCGACAGCCUGUGCGGUCGCUCCACAGACUAUGAGGACUUCUGGAGGCCUCCGUCCCCCUCUGCAUCACCGGUUGAUUCAGAGAAAUCCCUGUCUCCUCUGGUGGACGAGACCCAGCCCUUCAGUGUCCCCUUCCGGCCGUAUGCCUGGAGCAAUUACCCGGGGCCCGGGUUGAGGCCCCUGGUGCGGCAGAGCCUCCAUCCCGGCAUGGAGGUGGACAGGGGCCCGGCAGCUAUGGCCUUCUACGGGAGCAGGAGCACCCAUUCAGCUCUGUACCCAGAACGGACUCUGGGCGAGGAGACGUACAGCGACUACAGGAGGCAUGCCGCAGCUCUGCUGUUUCCUGAGGAAGGCCGGGUUGGAAAAGCCCAUAAUGUGAAGGCCCAGUCGGAGCUGCUCUGCUCCAGUCUGAUCCUCAACGGUGCUUACAAAUGUGUCAAGUGCAGUAAGGUGUUUUCUACUCCGCACGGUUUGGAAGUCCACGUCCGCAGAUCGCACAGCGGCACCAGGCCAUUUGCGUGCGAAAUCUGCGGCAAAACCUUCGGACACGCAGUGAGCCUGGAACAGCAUAAAGCGGUGCACUCUCAGGAAAGAAGUUUCGACUGCAAAAUAUGCGGUAAAAGUUUCAAGAGGUCGUCCACUCUGUCGACGCACCUGCUCAUCCACUCCGACACUCGGCCAUACCCCUGCCAGUACUGCGGGAAGAGGUUCCACCAGAAGUCCGACAUGAAGAAGCACACAUUCAUCCACACAGGGGAGAAGCCGCACAAAUGCCAGGUGUGUGGGAAAGCGUUCAGCCAGAGCUCCAACCUCAUCACGCACAGUAGGAAGCACACCGGAUACAAACCUUUCGGCUGCGACCUCUGCGGCAAAGGUUUCCAGAGGAAAGUGGACCUGAGGAGACACAAAGAGACGCAGCACGGACUGAAAUGAUUAAACGGCGAUCACUGCACAAAUCACGUCAUACAAUCUGGCCGCUGAGUCUUUAAAUUAUUGUCCUUGAAAUGAGUGAGGACAUCUGACAAAAGACAUUUUAGACCGAGGACAUUUUUCGCCUUUCCACCCCCCCAAUCACUCAGCUUCAGGACAUUUCAUGGAUCAAAGCUGAAUUUGAGCCACCUCUAGCUUUGUAAAAACCUAUUGUGAAAGUGCAUUGGAAAUAUUGUAUAUAAUGAUCUCAGCCGACAGGCAGAUAUUUUUUAAUUUAUUUUAAUAAGGAAAACGUAAAAGUCUCAUGAAUAAGACUUGAGGUUUAAACACACGAUGAUUUGCAGUGUGAAGACAUCGGCAACACUAAUUAUUCCCCCUGCUAUAGACUGCAGAUUAUUGUAAAGGUCCAGAAAACCAGAGAUAAGCUGUGAACUGUGAGAAAAGCAGAUGAUGAAAUAAAUAAAUGCAUUGUGUUUGUAUGUCGACUGAUAUGAAUCAGCUAUAGUGGGCACUCAACCCAAAAUAUUUGCACUCGCACCUAAAUAACCGGAUCGACAAUAAGAGAUGAAAAUCCGCGCCUUUCCAAAGAACAUUUUGUUUUCUGUUCAGAGACAUGCUGGCAAAACAGCCUCCUCAGACUGUGUGAUUUAAUAAACAGGAGGGUCACUGCCUCACUCACGAAUUUCACUUUUCCAUGUUGCACAUUUUAUUGUCAGAUUUAACCUUUUGUCGUUUACAAAUAAAUAUGCUUUUUUGUUUUCAA